AUGCUUCGUCCUGCGUCACGCUCCAUCCUACGAUCUGCCCAGGGUUCUUUUGCUCCAGUACCGACUGCUGCAACCAAGCGAUUUCUGAGUACUGCGCCGCCGCACCAAAAGUCGCGAAGUUGGAAGAGCAGUGCAGCAAGAUGGGGUCUUGCUAUCGCAGGCUUGUACUAUUAUAAUACUAGCGAACUCUUCGCCGAGCAACCAGCGGAAUACCGGCUGGAUCCUAAAGCAGAUUAUGACGAAGGCAACAGUCCUACUCUCGAUGCCCUUACACAGUCAUCUCGCGAAAAGAAGCAAAAUCAACAGUCCGUUCUCUCGUCAAGAGCUUCGGACGCCAACAGCAACUCCGAGACCACAUCCUUCGCAUCGUCACAGUUAGGAUCGAAUCCUACGCCUACACCCUCUGCUUCCGACCCCGCUGAGCUCGAAGAAGAAGCAUCCAGCGAAGGUGCAUUCAAUCCAGUCACUGGUGAGAUCAACUGGGACUGCCCAUGUCUCGGUGGUAUGGCACAUGGCCCUUGUGGCGAGCAAUUCCGCGCUGCUUUUUCAUGCUUCGUCUUCUCGGAAGAGGAGCCCAAGGGAAUGGACUGCAUCGACAAGUUCAAGGGCAUGCAGGAUUGCUUCCGGGAGCAUCCUGAUGUGUAUGCGGCGGAGCUUGAGGGAGAUGAUGACGGGGAACUCGACGAGGGUCUGGAAGAAGAAAGGAAAGAACUUGUCAAAGAGAUCAAGGAGAGAAGGGACAAUGCUGGCAUGGCGGCCGCAAAGCCAGCGGAAGGAAAGCGCCUUCUGGAGGAUGAUCCGCCAAUGGAGAGAAAGCCACUUGUAAGGAGAUCUCAACCUAAACCUCAGCCUGAGCUUCAACCUUCUCCUCCACCAAUAGCUUCGACGCCGCCACCACCACCAUCGCCAUCAUCACCAAGCUCAGAACCUCACCCAUCCAUGUCAGAAGACCACGAAGCCGAUGCGAGAGCGAAAGGCAAGCCUCUCCCUACGAAGCGACAACCUGAGUCAAAUCCAGACAAAGCGUCGCAAAGGGAAGCUUUCGAUCAAGACCUUGAGCUGAUGCCGAAAGAAUGGCACGAUGGUCGUUCGGCAAAAACCUCGGAUAAGAAGACAGAGAAAUAG